AUGGAUGCAGCCACCUCCCUCACGAAUCCAAAGCUGUCGUGGAACAUCUAUCACCGCCAGGUGUUGUGUUGUCUAUACCGCUUUUUCGAGUGCAAUCACGACCAACUAUCGGUCUUGUUCUCAACGAUUUUCCGGAGCGACCUGAGGCACUGUGGUUUUGGUGACCAAAAUGCCUCAUACGCCAGACUGCAUGCACAGUGGGAUUGGUUGAAGAGACAGAAGCGCCCAGUGUGGUAUCAUGUACACAUUCACACCGAGUUCAGGAAAGACCGGGAAUGGAGAGAUAUCAUCCACAGAAUUCGGCUCACCGCAUUCGAGCUAGGUCUUCUGCUCCAAGAGAAGUUGUUCGACACGAUUCAUAUCCCUAACGAUGACUUUGAUGUCAAUAACCACACGGAUGAAUAUUUGGGGUCUGUUCUUUUGGCAAACCAGGCCCAAGUGCAGCAUUCAUCUGGUGGUGAUGUCGUGACUGACGAGCCCUUCGCCGGGGAAUCCUCCUCCCAGAGUCCUCAAUAUCCUUCAACUGUUGUCACGGGGACACCCAUGACUGAUGCGACGCCAAUAUCUAUCGAAGACGAACUCACAGCACCAGAUAUUCAGAAUCCGGUGAUGGACGGUCCUCCUCCAUUGGGAACCCACACUAUCGACGACUCGAGUGAAAAUUUUGACCCUUUAGUCACUAGCCAUGGCAAGGCCUGUUUCUGGUGCGUAAGGGAAGGUAUUCGACUGGAAGAUGAUACUCCCACGGUCCCCGGUAUCACUGUUGAUGAAAGCCUCCAUGAUCAUAACCAGGAAAUCAAUGAGCACAGCCCCGGCCUCGAUGCUGAGAAUGUAGCUCUGGCAGAUCUCAAUAACCAUGAUUCAAGCGACCUCCCCGGACUAUGUGGCGUCGAUGAUCUGCCACCGCUGCUCUAUCGCUGGUUCAACGCCAACUCCCAGGGCAUCAAUUCGGAGACAAUCUUUGUUGCGGGCUGCUUCACAAGGACCUAUCCUGAUAUCACUUCCCCAAGCCAAACUUCGAAGGAAGAUUUCCUCGAGAUGUUCGAAGCUCAUGCGAGACGGGUAAAAAUUCCGACACCGUUUAUUUCGGUGUUCGCUCGACAGUUGGCCCCAAUUCAUCGGGCACUUCGAAACGGUCAUAAUGCUAAGAUCUCAGUAUUUGACCCGCGGAAGAUACAUACUCCUGUGUUUCAGGCACAGUCACUGGCAAGUACUACUGGAACGGAAGUCUACCAUUGGAAGGGGUAUGGCGAGUUCGCGGUAUGGGGCUGCAUCCCUGGAGAAGCAGUCGUCAGUACAUUCGAUAUUACGACUCUGGAACAUAUUGCCUCGCGAGACGUUGAGAUACGGGAUUUUCUCCAACUUUCUCUUAUCAAGGAGCAAUCGAUGUGCGACCACAGGCUACGUCGACUUUUACGGGCCAACCUAGAGGCGUAUGAGUAUGAGGACUGUUACUCGCUCCUCAAGCGACUGGCGCGUGAGCUUGGUAUGCCUCGAGAGUUUCAUGAGUCUUUUGCCAUGGGUAUGUAUCAGGCCUGGACUAGGGACCUAGGUGGUCUCUGUCGGGAACGAGAGGACCUCCUUUAUCCCCCUUCCGUUUCACCAGAGCCUCCCAUCACAGAUCAAGGCAACGCUCCCAUAAUAGAUAGACUAGAUCAGAGAUUCACACGGUCUAUAAGUGAGUCUACAACAUCAUAUAUACCUACCAAGAGUGACGAUGGGAGUUGUUCCGAGUCUAGCUCCGACGAGGAGGACACAAUGUCCCAGUCUCCAGAGGCUAUAUGUCCAAGACGGGAUACCGCUAGCCCCGACUUCUCGGUAGCCAGUGAUACGGAUGACUCUGUCGAGUUGAAUUUCCGCCCGCACAGUCUUGCAGCUACUAACUAUGUCGAAAUGCUUGAGGUCGCAGUCCUACCCACACCACCCGGUACGAGCCGAUACUUCCAUCACUCGAGCAAUGUUAGUUUGACUGUGCCUCCGCUGACCUUGGGCACGCUGAAUCUAUCAACGACUCUGAAUGAUGGUCUUGAUUUUGACGACGAGCCCGAAUGGCCCUCAGAGGGAGAAACCUUUGAUGGGAACAACACCCCAACUAGGUCUCGAUACUUUAACCACAAUGGCGGGUACAUGCAUUCACCUCGCCCAAGUCUCCAGGAGCAAAAUCCGUUUGUGCUGAGUGAUGAUGAGAUGGAGCCGUGA